CAGUACAGUAGAACAUGUCACAUGUGAUGUCUUUAACUGAAUUUCAUUUACACAGGUUAUUGUGCAAUACAAUGUGUUUUGGAGAAAUUUAAUUUAUUUUUAUGUCUGCAGACAUUUUGUUUGUUUUCUUAACAGCUUUGCUCUACUUCACAAAUCCAACAUGCAAAAUGUGUCUAAUGUUUCAGUCAAUGCCACUUCUAACAAAAGCCUUUCUGUGAUCAUUAAGGUGUGUGUGGUUGUCCCCUUGUUUUGUAUUUUCUCUUUCUGCAUUGUUGUUAUGCUGCACAUCUUUGCAUCUCACAGACAGUUCCUGGACACCUCCCGUUACAUCCUAUUUGCCUCCAUGCUCAUCAAUGAUACUCUGCAGGUCAUGUUCUCUGUGCUUCUUUUUCUCUUGGUCAUGGCUCAGGUUAAAUUUGCUCUUGGUCUGUGUUUUCCUCUGUUGUUCAUAUCCACGGCCACUUUUCAGAACACUCCCUUCAUCCUGGCUACCAUGUCACUGGAGCGUUACGUUGCCAUCUUCUAUCCCCUGCAGCGUCCGGCAGCCUGGUGCUCAGAUCGAAUCUGGAUCAUUAUUCUGGUCUUGUGGCUCCUCAGCUGUAUGUUUCCUAUGACUGAGUACUCUAUAGGGCAACGUGAUCCUGCUCUGAACACUUUUUACACCCCUGUACUCUGCAGACCAGCUACCGUCAACCCAUCUCCGAUUCAGGCUUUGUUCAGAACUGCUGUAAACGUGCUCUCCUUUGCAGUAGUGGCCGUCAUCAUUAUCUUGACAUAUGUGAGAAUCCUCCUGGAAACUCAAAAAAUGAGACAGGACAAGGUGUCUGUGAGUAAAGCUACACACACUGUGCUGCUACAUGGCUUUCAGCUGCUGCUGUGCAUGUUGGCCUUCACUAGCCCCAUCACUGAAGCACUCAUAGUGCUUAGUGCAGACUGGUCACGAGAAGAUGUUGCUUUUUUUAACUUUUUUUGUUUCGUCCUAAUCCCACGUUUCCUUAGUCCACUCAUCUAUGGCUUCAGAGACCAGAGUCUUAGGAGCUACAUUAGUAAGACAAUUGUCUGUUGCUCCAGCAAAGUUGAAUGCAGUGUCAGAGGUCAACUAUAGGACAUCCUGACUGAAACUUUUAAUAAAUGCAAAAAUGGGGUAAGAUGUAUAGUAUUUAUGGAAAAUAAUUAAGCUGUCAUGUUUUUAAGAAAA